AUGUUGGACACGGGGAGGGUUGACUUACAGAUGACAUUGACGCUAUGUAGACGAGAACGGGGAUUCUGCUCCGUGGAACAUCCCUGGCCGCUGAAGUUGGACGGUGCUGCGAGGUGAAGCUGCUGCCUUUUCGUUGUAUUGUUUCCCCGCUCUGCUCUCCUCUGCUCGACUCUCUCCUUCAGCAUCACAAAGCUAACGGACCGCAUCACUCACACCUUGUUCCUGCUUCCUGCAAACGCACCUUUCCCAUCAGGAUCAUAGUUUAGUUCUGCUUCUCUAUCUCUAUAAAUAUUUGAUUUGGUCUGCCCCGUUAGAAGCGUCAAGAACACAACUUUUAGACGAACGCACGGAUACUAGACCAUCUCCCACAAUUCUGGCUGGCAUAGCAGUUUGAUUGUAAGUACCGAGUUUACUUUUAACAGGGUGGGAAAACUGCAUUGCGAUGGUCAGAACAUUGGACAGAACACUGUGAACCCGUUUGGUGAUGCGGAGUUGCGUCUCGGUGGGGAAAAACGGUGUUUCAGGUGUUGCGCACUGAGUAGCCUAGAAGAUUAGCCUACAUUGGUUAAAUCAAUGAUAUAUAUAUUUUUUAAAUCUAUGCGACUUUAAGACAGUAAUAAACCACAUCAUUCUACACAUGAUUCGUUUUUUGAAGGUCCAUAAUUCAUCGAAUAUCAUCUGCAAAUGUGAAAGGAAGCGUAGGAGAGAGACUGACGCGUAAAGCUUGUCCCGGGCACUUAUCCAGCUCGGUGCUGUCCCUUCCCAUAAAUGUCAACUAGCUGAGGGGGAAAAACGGGGGAUAUUUAACCAUUAUACUACAGUUAUAGAGGCACGGUAUUAUAAAAAUAAUAUGUAUAGAAAUACCAAAAGCAUGACCUUACCUAGCCAAUGUAUCCACAAUACGCACAUUGCGUUUUGACUUGUAACAGGAAGGUUUUUUUUUUUUUUUUCCCCGACCAAUUUACUGUUGUCUCACAUUAUUAUGAAUAAUUAAAGGGAAACUAUAUUCAAAGUAUUUAAGCUCGGAUAAUUAACAGUAAUUUAUAGAAUGCCUACAUUUUGUUUAUAUUCAGGCUUUUCAUUUAUCCUCAGUUUUUAUUUAUAACGUUACAUUUAUUUGGGUGCAUACAUUCUAAGGCAUAGCGUGUGAAUGAAUGUAAUUUCCUUUUUUUUGUCAAAUUGAUGGUUGCGUUCCGCUGCAAUUAACCCUCCAAAUGCUGAAUAAUUGGACAGCGGUGAUCGCCCUCUCCUCUUAACAGUAUUAAAUGACCUGUCGGCUGAAUGUGUGCUGUGUAAAUGUGUAUAAAGGAGACAUUGAGAGUAACGACGCUGUAAAUCAACGGUCCCUGGCUGUUAAAAAGCACCACAGGGUCCUCGUGUGAUCUCUUGUCCCCAGCGCCAACAAAGUGACUCAAUGAAAACUCUAAAAAACUGCCAAUUUUCAGCCCUAUGAAUGCAUUUGUUUAAUUCCCGUUUUAAUGCAAUAUUAUGUAAACAUUUAGGGUCCUAUCAUUAUUUUAAUUUCCUAUUUGGUAACAUUCUCUUGCUCUUUUUCCCAGGUUCGGUUUCAACUUGCUUGGUGUUCCCGCUCCCCCUCCUGAUUUCCUUCACAUCGGCUGGGUAACGAACCGCGAAGCUGCUGUCUACGUGGACCGGUGGGGUUAAAAUCUUCCGUCCGCCUGCCAGCCUUGCCAGAAAAUCUAAAUCUAAUCAGAGAGACAGAGACAUGGCGACGAAUGGUACAAGAGCCUCGGAUGGACACGUUUUAACGGAGGUGAAUGCGGAGCCUAACGACAAACCCAAAACCUUGGUCGUAAAAGUCCAGAAAAAGGAACUUCCCGAAAGAGAAAACUGGACUGGAAAAUUUGACUUUCUCCUGUCUUGCGUCGGGUACGCAAUUGGACUCGGAAAUGUCUGGAGAUUUCCUUAUCUAUGUGGGAAAAACGGAGGAGGUAAUCAAGAUGUUGGCACAUUUCCGUGUUUUCAAAAACAGAAGGAGGCUAAAAACUUGACCCUUCAAUCAGCAAAUGUGUUCUGGGGCGCUCAUUUAAAUAAUCUCAAGAGCUCUUUUUCUCUCCAGAUUGUGCGUAAUUAUCAUUAAUUUUAGGCGCAGCAGUGUGAUACAAAAAUAUUGACUUAAUCUCUUUAUCUCUUUGGAUUAUUUGAAAUGUUCAUGGUAAUAUCAAUGCAAUGGGUCACUUUUAUUCACCAUUAUAUUUUUGUUUGCUUACCUUUCACCUUCCAUUCAGGGGCCUUCUUGAUUCCCUACUUUUUGACGCUCAUAUUUGCUGGUAUGCCCCUGUUUCUGCUCGAAACGUCCCUCGGUCAGUACACGUCGAUUGGAGGGCUUGGGGUGUGGAAACUGGCUCCCAUGUUCAAAGGUAAAUCAAAUCCCUACGUUUAGAGGUUCAGCUCAAAUACAUCCCAAUAUAUAAGACAAGUAGCUCUCCUCAUCCAAUAGUAUUUUUUUGCUGGUUUUCGAUAAAUGCACAAAAAAUAUUUGCAUUUCAGUGCAUGUCUCCUCUCCCCAUAGUAUUACAGAUCAAACCUUAUAUUUAAUAUAACUAGCUAAAGCUAUUUUAUAUAUAUAUGUUUCCAAUUAUUCAGGGUGGCACACCAUUUCAUUUGAUAUUAACUGACAGUAUAUCCAUUCCUAAUUCUAAACUUCCCUGCUGUCCUAGGUGUUGGUCUGGCCGCUGCAGUGCUUUCUUUCUGGCUAAACAUCUACUAUAUUGUUAUCAUUGCCUGGGCCAUUUACUAUCUGUGGUCCUCCUUGACUACUGUGAGUAUGAUGGAUAUUAGUGCUUUUCUAUGACAAAGCUAAGUAAUAAAAAUGAAUAAUUAAUGUGAGGUUAUUACAUUUAAUUUAUUGGGGGUUUAAAAAGGAAAGCACAUUUCCCUGAUUAAUGUCUUUAAGUAGCAUGACUGUGUGCUGAAAAUAAAUACUGUUUAUUUUAUGCAUAGUUAAUUCAAAGAUAUCGAAUUUGGCCAUCAGUACCCCUUCAAAAAAAUUUGUUGCAUGACGCCUGGGUGAAAGAGAGGCAAAAUGACAAGAGAGAGAGAGAGAGAAAAGCAAUCUUUGUUAUUCCAGGAGCUACCAUGGCAAUCAUGUGGAAAUUCUUGGAAUACAGAGCAGUGUUACACCAAUUACAGCAUCCUGUACACUGCCAACCUCACCAGCGCCGUUCAGGAAUUCUGGGAGUAAGAACAUGUAUUUUAUUUACAUUUUAAAGAGUUUGGUUGUUUUUUGUCUGUGGUUAGAAAAUAAUGAAUGGGGUUGUAGUUGACGAAAAAUGAUUUAUAAAUACAUUUUAUUGAUUGGUUUAUUGAUCGGUUGGUUGGUUGGUUGAUUGAUUGGUUCAUCGGUUGAUUUGUCCUAUAGACGUAACAUGCACCAGUUGACAGAUGGUCUGGAGAAGCCUGGGGAGAUCAGAGCGCCUCUAGCCAUCACGCUGGCCAUCGCCUGGGUCCUCGUUUAUUUCUGUAUCUGGAAAGGUGUCGCCUGGACCGGCAAGGUAAGAGACGUAACAUGCACCAGUAGGGGCUAAACCUCACUGAGGAAUCUUGACAUUGGAUUUUCGCAGCACUAUUAGGAUGUUGGGUGGGGGGGGGGGGGGGGGGGGGGGGGGGGUAAUCCAGCAUGUCCCCCUGGCUUAUUUGCAAAAGUAAGAGGCAUGGCUUUAAGAUUCAAAAUCCAUCAAGAAACAUUUGACUGGAAAAAUGCCAGUUAAUCCCGGGUCCUAACUAUAAUGAUGACGUAAGGAUGGUGGCAUAGUUCCACUGUUAGGAUGAAGGCAUAGUUCCACUGUAAGGAUGGUGGCAUAGUUCCACUGUUAGGAUGGUGGCAUAGUUCCACUGUUAGGAUGGUGGCAUAGUUCCACUGUUAGGAUGGUGGCAUAGUUCCACUGUCUUGUAUUCUAACGAGUGUCUCCCUCCCUCCCUGUUUCAGGUGGUGUACUUCUCAGCAACGUACCCCUACUUCAUGCUCUUCAUCCUCUUCUGCCGCGGCAUCACUCUCCCCGGAGCCAUCGAUGGAAUCCUCUUCUACAUCACGCCCAACUUUGAAAAGCUCAAGGAAUCAGAGGUGGCUAGCCUUUUAUCAGUGAACAGACACAGAGGGUGAAUGGUAGCUGAUUGCUGCAUGUGAUGCUGUGUGUUUUGAGUUGCAGUGUGUUUUGAGUUGCAGUGUGUUUUGAGUUGCAGUGUGUUUUGAGUUGCAGUGUGUUUUGACUCUCUGUCCCUCUGUUCUUGUCAGGUGUGGUUGGACGCUGCCACUCAGAUCUUCUUCUCCUAUGGGCUGGGGCUGGGAUCACUGAUCGCUCUGGGAAGCUACAACCCCUUCAAUAAUAAUGUUUACAGGUAGGUUAAAAUCUACAACACCAUUCAAUCCAGCUCUCUACUAUCAGUGAGACCGAGAGAGCAGAGAGAGAGAGAGAGAGAGAGGAGGGAGAGAGAGAGAGAGAGGGAAGAGGGAGAGAGCAGAGAGAGAGAGAGAGGAAAGAGAGGGAGAGAGAGAGAGAGGAUGUAUGAGGAGAGGGAGAGAGAGGGAGAGGAGGGAGGAUAAGGGGAGAAGAUUUCACUCAGAGUGGAGAGCUAGAUUGAGAGAGGAGAGAGGAGUAGAGGGAGUAGAGAGAUAGGCGUGAUGAGAGGAGACGUUAUCGCGAGGAGAGAGCGAGAGUGUCUCUCCUCCUCUUUCUUUGCUAUCGAGUAGGGAGGGAGAGAAGGAGAGUAUAGAGAGAGGGAGAUAGGAGAGAGAGGAGAUAGACUUUUGUGAGUGUAAUGUUUAGUAAUGUUUCACUUGUUUAUUUCCCUUAUGUUUAUUGUCUAUUUCAUUUACUUUGGCAAUGUGAACAUAUGUUUACCAUGCCAAUAAAGCCCUUUUUAAUUGAAUUGAGAGGUGGGAGAGAGAGAGGGGUGGGGGGGGUGGGGGGGGGGGGGGGGUGAGAGCGAGAGGGUGGGGAGAGGGGGGAGGAAGGAAUGGGGGUGAGAGAGAGAGAGAGAGAGAGAGGGUGGGGUGAGAGGAGCGGGGGGUGAGAGAGAGAGAGAGGAGAGGAGAGGGGGGUGAUGGAGGAGAGCCAAGAGGACAAACACAUCUCUCAGCUGUCACAUCAUCUCUGUCUCUCUCCAUUUUCAAUCCUGGCAACGAAUGAACAAACACCCCAUCUCUGAAAUGAAUGGGUCAAUCCAUUGACAUUGCAGUAAACCACCUCGCCUAUAAGAAUGCAAAAAAUACUACCCCUCCACUCCACCCACCCAACCCACACCCCCCCCCCCUCCCUCCCUCCCUCCCCCUCCCUCCCUCCCCUCCCUCCCUCCCUCCCCUCCCUCCCUCCCUCCCUCCCUCCCUCCCAAUUCAAAUGUGCUGUGGUUUGAUAAGGUUUCCAUAUCAGUGUGACAACAGCCGUUCCAAUCCAUGCUUAGUCUUUCUGUCUGUCUCCCUGCAGAGAUUCUGUCAUUGUGUGCUGCAUCAACUCGUUCACCAGCAUGUUCGCUGGCUUGGUCAUCUUCUCCAUUGUGGGCUUCAUGGCCAACGUGACUAAGAGACCUAUAAUAGAAGUAGCAGCCUCAGGUAACUAUUGAUAUAGAUCUUAACGGAACACUACAGGACUUAGCCUACUGAGCAAAAAAUAAGAGCAAAUCUUAGAACAGUAGCACUUACUGUAAAGCAAUCGACUUUGAAACACUUUUCUAUAUGGGUAUUUGAACAGGAAUGGGAUGUUUUGUGUUGCCAGAUCCCGCCUCUAACUGUCUGUGUGUGUUGUGUUGUCAGAUCCCGUCUCUAACUGUCUGUGUUGUGUUGUCCGAUCCCGCCUCUAACUGUCUGUGUGUGUUGUGUUGUCAGAUCCCGUCUCUAACUGUCUGUGUUGUGUUGUCAGAUCCCGCCUCUAACUGUCUGUGUGUGUUGUGUUGCCAGAUCCCGCCUCUAACUGUCUGUGUGUGUUGUGUUGUCAGAUCCCGCCUCUAACUGUCUGUGUGUGUUGUGUUGCCAGAUCCCGCCUCUAACUGUCUGUGUGUGUUGUGUUGUCAGAUCCCGCCUCUAACUGUCUGUGUGUGUUGUGUUGUCAGAUCCCGCCUCUAACUGUCUGUGUGUGUUGUGUUGCCAGAUCCCGCCUCUAACUGUCUGUGUGUGUUGUGUUGUCAGAUCCCGCCUCUAACUGUCUGUGUGUGUUGUGUUGCCAGAUCCCGCCUCUAACUGUCUGUGUGUGUUGUGUUGUCAGAUCCCGUCUCUAACUGUCUGUGUGUGUUGUGUUGUCAGAUCCCAUCUAUAACUGCCUGUGUGUGUUGUGUUGCCAGAUCCCGUCUCUAACUGUCUGUCUGUGUUGUGUUGUCAGAUCCCAUCUAUAACUGCCUGUCUGUGUGUGUUGUGUUGCAGGACCAGGCUUGGCGUUCUUGGCCUACCCCGAGGCAGUAACCCAGCUACCGAUCUCUCCUCUCUGGGCCAUCCUCUUCUUCUCCAUGCUACUGAUGCUGGGCAUCGACAGUCAGGUGAGGAAACAACAGCCAUUUGGAGUUCAUGUUUGUGUUGUGUUGUUGUGUUAUUUUGUUGUUGUGUUGUUGUUGUAUUGUAGUGUACUGUGGAGGUACAGUAUUAUCUAAUGUGUUGUAUAGUCGUGUGCCCCCCCCCACACACACACACACACACACACACACACACACACACACACACAUCUUAGCGGUCCCCCUCUAGACUGACUAACAAAAUCAAUGGGCCUUGGAAAGAGGGGCGGAUCUAACAUGUUGUAUGUUCUGUGUAGUUCUGCACGGUGGAAGGGUUCAUCACUGCGUUGGUGGAUGAGUUCCCCAGGGCUCUGAGAGGAAGAAGAGAACUCUUCAUCGCUGCCGUCUGCCUGGUGUCUUACAUCAUCGGCCUGUCCAACAUCACACAGGUACAGUACACACACGCACGCACGCACACACGCACGCACGCACGCACACACACACACACACACACACACACACACACAAACACACACACACACACACACCAGCCUCACAGGGGUACAGUAGCCUACAUCCAAUCCUCCACAUUUCAUAACUCUGUCUGUUAUUCUGGACGGGGGCCCUAAGGGGCUAAAUACUUUUAAUAACUUGGUGACAGAGCGAACACACAGUCCAGUCCAGUCCAGUCCAGUCCAGUCCAGUCUAGUCCAGUCUAGUCCAGUCUAGUCCAGUUCAGUCAUGUCCAGUCCAGUCUAGUCCAGUCCAGUCCAGUUCAGUCAUGUCCAGUCCAGUCUAGUCCAGUCUAGUCCAGUUCAGUCAUGUCCAGUCCAGUCUAGUCCAGUCCAGUCCAGUCAUGUCCAGUCACAUCCAGUCCAGUCCAGUCCAGUCCAGUCAUGUCCAAUCCAAUCAAGUCCAGUUCACUCACGUUAGUCCAGUCCAGUAAUGUCCAUGCCCAGUCCAGUUCAGUCACAUCUAGUCCAGUCCAGUCACGUCCAUGCCCAGUCCAGUUCAGUCACAUCUAGUCCAGUCCAGUCACGUCCAUGCCCAGUCCAGUCACAUCUAGUCCAGUUCAGUCACAUCUAGUCCAGUCCAGUCACGUCCAUGCCCAGUCCAGUCACAUCUAGUCCAGUUCAGUCACAUCUAGUCCAGUUCAGUCACGUCCAUGCCCAGUCCAGUCACAUCUAGUCCAGUUCAGUCACGUCCAUGCCCAGUCCAGUUCAGUCACAUCCAUGCCCAGUCCAGUCCAGUCACGUCCAUGCCCAGUCUAGUUCAGUCACGUCCAUGCCUAGUCCAGUUCAGUCACAUCUAGUCCAGUCCAGUCACGUCCAUGUUAAGUCCAGUCCAGUAUUUCCAAAGACAAGUUGGCAUAUCAGAAUUCAAAUAGCCUAAUUACACCAGAAAAUGAAAUAAUACAAGUAUGGGGAAUAACAGUAGUGUUCUUGCUGAGAUAAGUGCAUGAAUUACUCUAUAUAUUAGCCCAUUGUAGGGGAUGGGAAUUGUUCUAAUUGUAUUGAACUAGGCAAGUCAGUUAAGAACAAAUUCUUAUUUACAAUGACGGCCUACACCGGCCAAACCCGGACGACGCUGGGCCAAUUGUGCGCCGCUCUAUGGGACUCCCAAUCACGGCCGGUUGUGAUACAGCCUGGAAUCGAACCAGGGGGUCUGUAGAGACGCCUCAAGCACUGAGAUGCAGUGCCUUAGACCGCUGAGCCACUCGAGAGCCUGAGUUAGAAUUAGACAGCUAAUGACUAUCAACUAUUGUGAAAGACCAAAUAAAUGAAACAGAUAAAAUCUCCUGAAUACAAGAUGACAUAGCCUAAAUCUGCCCCCGCCCUACACCCAACCCAAAUUUUAUUUUACACAUUUGGGUUCACAAUCUGUUUGGGCAAAAUAAUGUUCAUUGUUGCAGUGAGAUAAAUCACGUCACCCAGAAUCCCUGCAGAAUCCCUUUCCUUGUUACAGCCUAACGAACCUAGAGCUAAUGACCAAAGGAGGUGAAUAAUGUCCUAUGGAUCUGGACUAAUGCUAACAGGCUAAUGCUAGUGGUGGGUUAAAUCACUAGUAGCCCUAGUAGCCUGUAGCCUGUAAUAAUAUGCUGCCGUAAGGAAGCGUUCUGCGACAGGGAAAGUGUGCGGUGGCAGUGUGGUGGCAGAGAAAGAUGACGGAUCUCCUGGGUGAAGCUGCCGCGGUCAUGUGAUGUAGAACGGAAGGCGCGUAUGAUUUUCAAAACGAUUUGGAGGCACGGCUGAAAAGUGAACUCGCUGAAUAUUACACCAGAUUAAUUAGGAAAUGAAAGCAGUACUUUUCAAUGAGAGAUAAGAGGUGUGCCGUGUCAAGAGGUUGUGUCUCAUGGCCAACUGCAUCCUGACAUUGCUUCAGCUGAAAACCAGAUUUAAACCAGAAAAUGAUGUCACUGUGAUGUCCCAUGCCCGAUAUUGUCAGCUACGAUUGGUCUCCAUGGUGUAUAGGGAGAUAAGCGAAAAGUGCUCCGUCAUGUUUCGUUCACCUGAGGUAAAUGGGUUCUGUUGUAUUGUGAUGUAAUGGCAGUGUAGUUAACUAGAUCUAAUUCUUUAUAUCCUACUGAUACGUACUUACGUACACUAUCUUCAUCUACUCUGUCGGUCUGUUAUGACUAGGAAUUCUGGGUAGUCUUUAUGACUGGUGACAAUUAGAUCAUUAAUAUCGAACCUUUACGUUCCGUGUUAUCUCUCUUCAGUACAAUAUAAUUUCUUUACAAGCUGUGUAGACAUUCCUGUAUCUGAUCAGUUGAUGUUAUUUAGUCAGUCUACCACUUCACCCCCCCCCCCCCCCCCCCCCCUUUCCGAGGCCUUUCACAGGAUCAAACCAGGGAAACGAUGACGUCUUCUCAAGCUCCACAUCCCACACUCUGAGGUCAAUAACUCUCCUCCGAAACCUCUACUGAUGUAGCGUGGCCACUGACAGGAUCACUGAACGCUACCAGUCACCCCUCCAAGUCCCCCUGCUUGUAUGGAACACUACCAGUAACCCCUCCAAGUCCCCCUGAACGCUCCCAGUCACCCCUCCAAGUCCCCCUGCUUGUAUGGAACACUACCAGUCACCCCUCCAAGUCCCCCUGCUUGUAUGGAACACUACCAGUCACCCCUCCAAGUCACCCUGCUUGUAUGGAACACUACCAGUCACCCCUCCAAGUCCCCCUGAAUGCUCCCAGUCACCCCUCCAAGUCCCCCUGCUUGUAUGGAACACUACCAGUCACCCCUCCAAGUCCCCCUGCUUGUAUGGAACGCUCCCAGUCACCCCUCCAAGUCCCCCUGCUUGUAUGGAACACUACCAGUCACCCCUCCAAGUCCCCCUGCUUGUAUGGAACACUACCAGUCACCCCUCCAAGUCCCCCUGCUUGUAUGGAAAGCUCCCAGUCACCCCUCCAAGUCCCCCUGAACGCUCCCAGUCACCCCUCCAAGUCCCCCUGCUUGUAUGGAACGCUCCCAGUCACCCCUCCAAGUCCCCCUGAACGCUCCCAGUCACCCCUCCAAGUCCCCCUGCUUGUAUGGAAUGCUCCCAGUCACCCCUCCAAGUCCCCCUGAACACUCCCAGUCACCCCUCCAAGUCCCCCUGCUUGUAUGGAACACUCCCAGUCACCCCUCCAAGUCCCCCUGCUUGUAUGGAACGCUACCAGUCACCCCUCCAAGUCUCCCUGCUUGUAUGGAACGCUCCCAGUCACCCCUCCAUGUCCCCCUGCUUGUAUGGAAUGCUCCCCACCACUCUCUACCCCUACUGCUGCACAGCACUAUCACAUCCGUCACUGGAGAUUCAUGUCUGCAUCCCUCUUGGAUUGAAAACAGUCGGCCUAAUCGGUUGCUCAGCUCAGCUCUGCAGUACCAGUCUAGCGCUGCAGCUCCCUCCACCCUUCACUAGCCCUGAAACUCCCAGGGAGACAGACAGGCAGCUAGGGUCAACCAAUCCCCCCCACCACUACCGGUGCUCUUACCCCUCACGUUAUUCCACGUUACCAGUUUAAUAGGCUACAUCACAUCUCAGUCGUUCUAUCCUCUAUCCCCCCCCCCCCCCCCCCCCAUCACUCCCCGUCUUGCUGGUCUCGUUUGGCCUCUCUGUAUCCAACACUCUCUCUCUGUCCCCCUCCUCGUCCAACAGGGUGGUCUAUAUGUGUUCAAGCUGUUUGACUACUACUCUGCCAGUGGCAUGUGCCUGCUCUUCCUGGUCUUCUUCGAGUGCGUCUCCAUAUCCUGGUUCUACGGUGAGUCAGGGACAUCACUUCCUCUCUGUGUGAGUCAGUUACCUCACUUCCUGUUAGAACUACGGUGACAUCACUAACCUGACAUUGAUGACCUGAUGUCUUCAGGCUGAUGUGCAAAGGUGUUGGGGCCUGUUCAAUUCAACAGCCUUCGUGCAAAAAAUAUUUGGGCCUGCUCAAUGUAAUAGUCUUUUGGGUAAAAUAUUUGGGUGUUGGGCUGCUGAUACCAAAUUCCAUAUCUGCUUCCAAUGAGUGCAGGUACUUGUCUUCCAUCACAGGACCUUUGACCUACAAUGUCCUGUCUUGUUUCUUUAAGGAAUACCUGGGAUAGGAUAAAGUAAUCCUUCCACCCCCCCCCCCCCCCCCCCCCCCCCCCCCUUACCAUUGUAAAGUGGUUAUCCCACUGGCUAUAAGGUGAAUGCACCAAUUUGUAAGUCGCUCUGGAUAAGAGCGUCUGCUAAAUGACGUAAAUGUAAAUGUUAAAUGUAUAUGUUGCAGGUGCUGAUAAGUUCCUUGCCAACAUUGAGGAGAUGAUUGGCUUUAGGCCCUGCCUGUGGUGGAAACUGUGUUGGGUCGUCUUCACUCCUCUCAUCGUGGCUGUGAGUACUCUCUCUUCCUCUCUCCCCCCCCUCUCCUGUGACUACUCUCUCUUCCUCUCUCCCCCCUCUCCUGUGAGUACUCUCUCUUCCUCUCUCCCCCCCCUCUCCUGUGACUACUCUCUCUUCCUCUCUCCCCCCCCUCUCCUGUGAGUACUCUCUCUUCCUCUCUCCCCCCCUCUACUGUGAGUACUCUCUCUUCUCUUCCUCUCCCCCCCCCCCUCUCCUGUUGACUUACUCUCCUCUUCCUCCUCCCCCCUCCCCUCUCCUGUGAGGUACGGCUCUCUCUUCCCUCUCUGCCCCCCCCUCUCCUGUGAGUACUCUCUCUCUCUCCUCUCCCCCCCCCUCUCCUGUGAGUACUCUCUUCUCUCCUCUCUCUGUCCUCUCAUCCCCCCCCCUCCCUGUGACUACUCUCUCUUCCUCUCUCUCCCCCUCCCCUCUCCUGUGAGUACUCUCUCUUCCUCUCUCCCCUCCCCCCCUCCUGUGAGUACUCUUCUCUUCUCUCCCCCCCUCUCCCUGGUGAGUACUCUCCCUCUCUCCUCCCCCCCUCUCUGUGAGUACUCUCUCUUCCUCUCUCCCCUCCUCCCUGUGAGUACUCCCUUCCUCUCUCCCCCCCCCCUCUUCUGUGGAGUACUCUCUCUUCCUCUCUCCCCCCUCUCUCUGUGAGUACUCUCUCUCCUCUCUCCCCCCCCUCUCCUGUGAGUACUCUCUCUCCUCUCUCCCCCCCCUCUUCUGUGAGUACUCUCUCUUCCUCUCUCCCCUCCUCUCCUGUGAGUACUCUCUCUUCCUCUCUCCCUGAGCCUCUCUCUGAGGCUUAUUUCCAUUGUGGUCCAUUGUGUUGUGACCAGGUUGUUCUUCUGUGUUCCAGGGAGUGUUCCUGUUCAGUGCUGUCCAGAUGGUCCCUCUCACUAUGAACAACUAUGUGUUCCCCGCCUGGGGCCAGGGAGUGGGCUGGUGCAUGGCCCUGUCCUCCAUGCUCCUGAUACCUGGAUACAUGGUCUACAUGUUCCUCAACCUCAAGGGGGAUUACAAAGAGGUAACGCAUCACCUUCUGUUUUUCUCAAUCACAGUGCCUUCAGAAAGUAUUCACACCCCUGAGUCAAUACAGGUUAGAAUCACCUUUGGCAGUGAUACAGCUGUGAGUCUUUCUGGGUAAGUCUCUAAGAGCCUUGCACUCCUCGAUUGUACAAUAUUUGCACAUUAUUCAAGCCUAUGUCAAGUUGGUUGUUAAUCAUUGCUAGACAGCCAUUUUCAUGUCUUGCCAUAGAUUUUCAAGCCGGCUAAUAACUACGACACUCGGGAACAUUCAAUGUCAUCUUGGAAAGCAACAUUUGUCCUUGUGUUUUAGGUUAUUGUCCAGCUGAAAGGUGAAUUUGUCUCCCAGUGUCUGUUGGUGAGCAGACUGAACCAGGUUUUCCUCUAGUAUUUUUCCUCUGCUUAGCUCUAAUUCAGUUUAUUCUAAUAAACUCCCUUGCCGAUGACAAGCAUACCCAUAACAUGAUGCAGUCAGUAAUGUGUUGGAUUUGCCCCAAACAUUUCUUUGCAACAUGUUUUGCAGCAGUACUUUAGUGCCUUAUUGCAAACAGGAUGCAUGUUUUGGAAUAUUUGUAUUCUGUACUUCCUUCUUUUCACUCUGUCGUUUAGGUUAGUAUUGUGGAGUAACUACAAUGUUGUUGAUCCAUCCUCAGUUUUCUCCUAUCACAGCCAUUAAACUCUGUACUUGUAUGAAAGUCACUAUUGGCCUCAUGGUGAAAUCCCUGAGAGGUUUCCUUUCUCUCAGGCAAUUGAGUUAGAAAGGACGCCUUUAUUUACAUUUACAUUUUAGUCAUUUAGCAGACGCUCUUAUCCAGAGCGACUUACAGGAGCAAUUAGGGUUAAGUGCCUUGCUCAAGGGCACAUCGACAGAUAUUUCACCUAGUCGGCUCGGGGAUUAGAACCAGCGACCUUUCGGUUACUGGCACAACACUCUUAACCACUAAGCUACCUGCCGCCCUGGCAUUCUUAUCUUUGUAGUGACUGGGUAUACAGUGGCUUGCGAAAGUAUUCACCCCCCUUGGCAUUUUUCCUAUUUUAUUGCCUUACAACCUGGAAUUAAAAUGCAUUGUUGGGGGGUUUGUAUCAUUUGAUUUACACAACAUACCUACCACUUUGAAGAUGCAAAAUAUGUUUUAUUGUGAAACAAACAAGAAAUAAGACAAAAAAAACAGAAAACUUGAGCGUGCAUAGCUAUUCCCCCCCCCCCACAAAGUCAAUACUUUGUAGAGCCACCUUUUGCAGCAAUUACAGCUGCAAGUCUCUUAGGGUAUGUCUCUAUAAGCUUGGAAAAUCUAUCCUCUGGGAUUUUUGCCCAUUCUUCAAGGCAAAACUGCUCCAGCUCCUUCAAGUUGGAUGGGUUCCGCUGGUUUACAGCAAUAUUUAAGUCAUACCACAGAUUCUCAAUAGGAUUGAGGUCUGGGUUUUCACUAGGCCAUUCCAAGACAUUUAAAUGUUUCCCCUUAAACCACUCAAGUGUUGCUUUAGCAGUGUGCUUAGGGUCAUUGUCCUGCUGGAAGGUGAACCUCCGUCCCAGUCUCAAAUCUCUGGAAGACUGAAACAGGUUUCCCUCAAGAAUUUCCCUGUAUUUAGCGCCAUCCAUCAUUCCUUCAAUUCUGACCAGUUUCCCAGUCCCUGCCGAUGAAAAACAUCCCCACAGCAUGAUGCUGCCACCACCUUGCUUCACUGUGGAGAUGGUGUUCUCGGGGUGAUGAGAGGUGUUGGGUUUGCGCCAGACAUAGCGUUUACCUUGAUGGCCAAAAAGCUACAUUUUAGUCUCAUCUGACCAGAGUACCUUCUUCCAUUUGUUUGGGGAGUCUCCCACAUGGCUUUUGAUGAACACCAAACGUGUUUGCUUAUUUUUUUCUUUAAGCAAUGGCUUUGUCUGGCCACUCUUCCAUAAAGCCCAGCUCUGUGGUGUGUACGGCUUAAAGUGGUCCUAUCGACAGAUACUCCAAUCUCCACUGUGGAGCUUUGCAGCUCCUUCAGGGUUAUCUUUGGUCUCUUUGUUGCCUCUCUGAUUAAUGCCCUCCUUGCCUGGUCCAUGAGUUUUGGUGGGCAGCCCUCUCUUGGCAGGUUUGUUGUGGUGCCAAAUUCUUUCCAUUUCUUAAUAAUGCAUUUAAUGGUGCGGUGUGGGAUGUUCAAAGUUUCAGAUAUUUUUUUAUAACCCAACCCUGGUCUGUACUUCUCCACAACUUUGUCCCUGACCUGUUUGGAGAGCUCCUUGGUCUUCAUGGUGCAGCUUGCUUGGUGGUGCCCCUUGCUUAGUGGUGUUGCAGACUCUGGGGCCUUUCAGAACAGGUGCAUAUAUAUAUAUACUGAGAUCAUGUGACAGAUCAUGUGACACUUAGAUUGAGCACAGGUGGACUUUAUUUAACUAAUUAUGUGACUUCUGAAGGUAAUUGGUUGCACCAGAUCUUAUUUAGGGGCUUCAUAGCAAAGGGGGUGAAUACAUAUGCAUGCAUCACUUUUCCAUUAUUUAUUUUUUUAGAAUUCUUUGAAAUAAGUUAUUUUUUUCAUUUCACUUCACCAAUUUGGACUAUUUUGUGUAUGUCCAUUACAUGAAAUCCAAAUAAAAAUCCAUUUAAAUUACAGGUUGUAAUGCAACAAAAGGAAAAACGCCAAGGGGGAUGAAUAUUUUUGCAAGGCAAUGUAUUGAUACACCAUCCAGUGUAAUUAAUAACUUCACCAUGCUCAAAGGGAUAUUCAAUGUCUGCUUUUUUUUAUUUUUACCCAUCUACCAAUACAUUUACAUUACAUUUACGUCAUUUAGCAGACGCUCUUAUCCAGAGCGACUUACAAAUUGGUGCAUUCACCUUAUAGCCAGUGGCAUAACCACUUUACAAUAUUUUUUAUUAUUAUUUUUUUAUUAUUUUUUUUUUUGGGGGGGGGGGGUAGAAGGAUUACUUUAUCCUAUCCCAGGUAUUCCUUAAAUAGGUGCCCUUCUUUGCGAAACAUUGGAAAACGUCCAUGGUCUUUGUGGUUGAAUCUGUGUUUGAAAUUCACUGCUCGACUGAGGGACCUCACAGAUAAUUUUAUGUGUGGGGUACAGAGAUGAGGUAGUCAUUCAAAAAGCUUGUUAAACACUAUUAUUGCACACAGAGUGAGUCCAUGCAAUUUAUUAUGUGACUUUUUAAACCCAUUUUUACUCCUGAAUACUUUAUUGACUCAAGACAUUUCAGCUUUUCAUAUUUUAUUAAUUUGUAAAUAUGUCUAAAAACAUAAUUCCACUUUGAAAUUAUAGGGUAUUGUGUGUAAACCAGUGACACAAAAUCUAAAUGUAACACAACAGAAUGUGUUAAAAGUCAAGGGGUGUGAAUACUUUCUGAAGGACUGCAUAUGCACAUGCCUUUUAUCCAAAGUGACUUACAGUCAUGCGUGCCUACAUUUUUUUACGUAAGGGUGGUCCCAGGAAUCUAACCGACUAUCCUGGCAUUGCAAGAGCUCUCCUCACAUACUAUCUAUUCAGAGUCGACCUCAAAAGGCGACCAUUUUAUGUCCACUAAAACAGCACAGCAACUCGCUACUCCCAACUCUUCCCAAGAUAACCAUAGCAUGUGUCUCAGAAAGAGAUCGGUCCGGAAAGGCCUGCAGCAGAGAGUUUGUCACAGGCCGUGGGGUUUUGUACAAUUUUAAAUAGAUGGGAUGGCACUUAAUCCAAAAUUAGUUUGGAAUAUUGCUCUUGGCGAUUACUGUUUUUAUCUUAAUCCGCAUAAAUAAUCGUUGUUUCUCACAGAAUAAAUGUUUGAGGACAGCAAAUGUCGCCGAUAAUGUAUUAUGUUGCAAGACAUUAGACAUAGACAGACAUAGACAUGCACAUGCACAUACACAGAGACAGAGACAGAGACAGAGACAGAGACAGAGACAGAGAGAGAGACAAAGAGAGAGACAAAGAGAGAGAGACAAAGAGAGAGACAAAGAGAGAGAGAGAGAGAGAGAGAGAGAGAGAGAGAGGAGAGAGAGAGAGAGAGAGAGAGAGAGAGAGAGAGAGAGAGAGAGAGAGAGAGAGAGAGAGAGCUCAUUACAAAAUUAUCUGUGACAACAGAGUGAUCAAAUUAAGACGCGUACGUACACAUACACAUAGACUUAGACGUUCAGUGGAGAAGGUCAUAGAAAGGAGUGUGAGGCUGGUCGGUCCCGUGAUGCUACAUCCGUUGAGCUGCAGCUUGCAGUGAAAAGGACCAGUAAUUGCUGGUUCUGGUGUUGUCAAGGAUGGAGCGCUGCGGUCGUCACUGGCAACGAGAUGAGCAGCUGUCCGCCCCUUUGUGUCAGUCGGUGCAGUCUUGAUUGCCUAAAUUGCAGCAAUCAGUUCCUUGAUUAGUGUGUGCCAAGCAGCAGACGGAAGGAUUGAUCUUACAGACACUGAGCCCGCUAGCUAUCUAGUGCAUGAUACAAUGUACAGCCAGCAAUGUGAAAGCAUAAAGAUGUCAGCAGCCCUGAUGAUUUUUGUAACAUAUAAUUUCCUUACGGCGUCUGCAGAUAGCAUGGCAUUGUUGUAACUUACAGCCUAAAGAUGUCAGCACAGCGGUCUGACGUAUUUUGAAUGUAUCGUUCUCUUGCACAAUGCAGCGUCUGCGGAUAAUGAUUCAACCUCCGAUGAUGGUGAAAGGAGAACGCCAGGAGAACGGCCCUGAGCAGACACCGGCAGCAGCCGCUGAAGAGGCUUACAUCUAAACCCUGUUCUGUUCGUCCCGUCUCCGAGGCCAACUCUCUGCAGAAAACAACGUAAUCAAGGUGAAGCGCAACCAAGGGAUGCAUUCCAAAUGGCACCCUAUUCUAUAUAUAUAGUGCACUACUUUUGACCAGGAC